GCCACCCGUCUUUCGCCCUGAAAUUAGGGCGACAGAGCGAGAGAGAGCAAGAGGCUGUUGAAAGCACCGUUCAUGGCGGAUUGCCUCGACGGAAGGAGGAUCGGGAUCGGGGGUUAAUCAGAAGAAAGAAUACAGGAAAGUGGAAAGAAGAAGAAGAAGAAGAAGAAAGGAAAGGGGAGGGGAGGACGACUGGUAAGGGAGAUGGCGGAGGAGAAGAAGUCGUGGGCGAAGAAGGAAGGCGGGGGAGGGCUUCUUCUGGGGCGCUACGAAGUGGGGAAGCUCCUCGGCCACGGCACGUUCGCCAAGGUGUAUUAUGCGCGCAACGUGAAGACGGGGGAGAGCGUGGCGAUCAAGGUGCUGGACAAGGAGAAGAUCCUCAAGAGCGGCCUCAUCUCCCACAUCAAGCGCGAGAUCUCUGUCCUCCGCCGCGUUCGCCACCCCAACAUCGUGCAGCUGUUCGAGGUCAUGGCCACCAAGACCAAGAUCUACUUCGUCAUGGAGUUCGUGAGGGGCGGCGAACUGUUCGGCCGCGUCGCCAAGGGCCGACUCAAGGAGGAGACGGCCAGACGGUAUUUCCAACAGCUUGUCUCAGCCGUCGAGUUCUGCCACAGCAGAGGUGUUUACCACCGCGAUCUUAAGCCCGAGAACCUCCUGCUGGACGAGAACGGCGAUCUGAAGGUCUCGGACUUUGGCCUCAGCGCGGUCUCCGAUCAGAUCCGCCAGGACGGUCUCUUCCAUACCUUCUGCGGCACGCCCGCGUACGUCGCCCCGGAGGUGCUCGCGAGAAAGGGCUACGACGGUGCCAAGGUCGAUAUCUGGUCAUGCGGCGUUAUACUGUUUGUUCUCAUGGCUGGGUACCUCCCUUUCCAUGAUCAGAACGUUAUGGCCAUGUACCGCAAGAUCUACAAGGGCGAAUUCCGUUGCCCCCGAUGGUUCUCGCCGGAGCUCUCCCGGCUGCUCUGCCGGCUUCUAGACACGAACCCAGAGACGAGGAUCACCAUUCCGGAGCUCAUGGAGAAUAGGUGGUUCAAGAAAGGGUUCAAGCAGGUGAAGUUCUAUAUCGAGAACGAUCGCUUACACAACGUCGAUGACGACGAUGGUUUCGAUUCCCAAACAUCAGCCUCAUCAUCGCCCGAGAGACAGAGCAGGCCCUCCGGAGGAGGCGGUGGCCGUGGAUUGCCGCGGCCGGCGAGCUUGAACGCCUUCGACAUAAUCUCGUUCUCUCCGGGAUUCGACCUGUCCGGGCUGUUCGAGGAGAGAGGGGAGGAAGCGAGGUUCGUCUCCGGCGAGCCAGUGUCGAAGAUCAUCUCGAAGCUGGAGGAGAUCGCGAAGCUUGUGAGCUUCACGGUGAGGAAGAAGGAUUGCCAGGUGAGCCUGGAGGGUUCCGGCCGGAGAGGCGAGCGGGGCUCAAUGGCGGGCCACCUCGCCAUUGCCGCCGAGAUCUUUGAGCUCACUCCCUCGCUUGUCGUCGUCGAGGUCAAGAAGACCGCCGGCGAUCGAGGGGAAUACGAAGAAUUCUGCCGAACCGAGCUCGGUCCAGGCCUCCGCGACCUUGCGGCCGGGCCAGCGCCGACCACUACUGAGGAGGCGGUCGCGACGGUGGAGACGGGUGAGGAAGAGGAACGAGGUGAGCCACCGACACUCAUCGCUUCGGACACCGAGUGAGAGGAGAGGGGUAGGACAAGCCAUCGGAAUAUUCACCGGUAUAUUCCCGCUGUCGACUCCGACCAUCCUUUUUUCCCUUGGUUUGCAAUUUUUUUUGUAUUAUAUCAAAAACGUGGGGAUGUGAUACGGUAGGAAAUUGGGGCAUGGAGAAAAGCAAAAUUUGAUUCCGGUUGUGUGCUAAUUUACGGAAGAUCGAUUUCGUUCGAGCGGCUACUUCAAGCCCUCUAAUGAGUCCCUACGUUUGCACUAAAGAUAAGGUCCCACAGUGUAUUAAACGAAAAAACCAGGAGAAAUUUGUGGAGAAGUCAAAUCGCUCUCGUCGUCUCUGGACGGAAAAUUUUCCCCGCCUGUUUCUUAGGUUGGCUUCCCGGCGGCUGUCUAAUCUUUCGUUCUCUUCUGCGUUGGUGCUGCUUCUGAACGGAAAUACGCCACGUCGACAUGUUUCCAGAGUUUGAUUGAUGGCUUGGCUUGACCUUUGGAGGCUUCAUAUGUGAGCUUAGCUGUCGCCUGUUUUUCUGGAAGCUUUUAUGGUUUGGUGGGGGAUUUCGCCGGUGCCGGUUGAGAUGUGUCUCUGGGUGUGAGGUCGAUGGUGGUGCCGCUUUUUUCCAUCCGGGGACUUCGGUAAUCGGGGGAGAAAAAGGAGAGUCACAUAAAUGGAAAAAUUGUCCAAGGCUGAAGCCAAGGAGAUUGCUGGCCUUCCUUUUCCCUCUUUCAUGGAGAGAGAGAGAGAGAUUAGUGUUCUGCUGGGAGUGGUGCGGUUGCUUAUUGCAGUGACAAAAAGUUUUGCUUUUGCUCUAUUAGCAUGUAAAGAAUUGGGAACAAUUGAUUAUUUGACCUUGUCCUUCGUUGCAUGUGAAUAAAUAAUUGCUUGCCGUCCAUUCUUGAGUUGCUAUUGUUUAAUGUUGUUGUCAUUGUAUAUGUAUUUAUGAGCGAUUGCACUUAUAAAUGUUAGAAGCGUAAGUGGCGCUUCUGUAAUCAUUUUGA